CAAGGGUAAAGUUUUGGUGGGGCGAGCCAUUCCAUCAUUGCGCUUGGGCCUCCGUGCUCACCUCCGAGCUCUCCGCAAACCAUCCAUCAUUCUCGCCAGCAACACGCCCCAACGCGACACCCAUCUCCACCCACCACACCACCAAGCACCAUGGCCGACAACGUAGGCCUCACCACGCCAAGAGGUAGCGGAACCUCGGGCUACGUCCAGAAGAACCGAUCCCUUCUUCGACCACGCGACAAGAUCCAGCCCUACCCCAAAGACUGGGAACACGCCAAACACCGCCCAAGACAGCCAGAUGCCGAGAUCCUCGAACACGAAGCAAAGCGCGACAUCGAAGUCAAGGUCCUUGAGCUGCGCGACAAGCUUGAAGAUGAAGGCGUCGACGAAGACGAGAUUGACGAUCAGUGCGAAGGCUUACGCCGCAAACUCGAUCAGGAACGAAAAGACGGCAAAGAUCUCGGUCCUAAUGCGAAGCGCCUCAAGUCGCACCAAGUUCACGACCUUGCCAAAGCAAAAGCAGAAGAGAGCGAGAGGCUGCGCAAAGCCUUGGGCAUCAGCGCAGACUAUGAGGAAGGAAGUCACUGGAGGAAGCAAGAGGAGAGAAUGCGCGACAGCCUAGCCAAGAGGGAGGCUGAAGACGAGGAAAGGACUGCCAGAGCUAAAGAAGCCAGGCGGCACAGGGAGGACGACUCUGAUUGAGGUUCUGCGAGUCUGCUAUUUGGCGUUAUGACCCUUUCCGAUACCCACAGCCACUGUGCACCACUCUGAAGGCAUGGCACUACUGCCUGGAGAGACUAGCAUCCAGAAAUCGGUCUCUGGCAUCUCUACGACAUACUUCCUGUACCAAGGAUAGCGACUGUCGCUUACUGGUGCGGAAGCUGGAGGCACAGACAGGUCAGCUUCGUCUUCCGGCUUACAGUCUAGGAAGCAGACUGACUUGAACAGACGAGAUCUAAACGAGCACGCAGUGUAUCCUUGUCUACUGGAUUUUGGUUCUAAUGCAGGAACCCUUUACACCAUGUCAAUU